AAAAUGUUUGUGAGCUGCAAUUGCUAUUAUUUCACAAUCUUUUUUAAAAUUUGUGGUUGCAUAGGUGCAACAAAGAGUUCAGUAAAAUUAAAAAAUUAAAGUAUUAAAAAUUACUGAAAAAAGGUGAAAGUAGUGAACAAACUAUUUCAAAAACUGUAUUAAAAUGGACUCGUUUUUGAGUCUCUUUGAUCCAAAUCAACCAGACGAUGGAUUUGACGAAGAACAGGAUUUGCAGAAUGGCAAUUUAACAGCCAGCAGUAAUUCACAGAGUGGCAGCGGAAGUGAGGGUGAACAGGAUGUGCAUUGCAAUAAAAUUGUUAUUGAUUUUGAUCAAGAACAAUUACCACCAGAACCACAAUUGGGAAAUAUUGAAUACAAAUUGAAAUUAAUAAAUCCAUCAAAACAACGUUUCGAACACCUAGUAACACAAAUGAAAUGGCGUCUUCGAGAAGGUCAUGGAGAAGCUAUUUAUGAAAUUGGUGUUUCUGAUGCUGGUCACUUACACGGCUUAAAUGAAAAGGAUAUGAACGCAUCACUUGUUACUCUCAAACAAAUGGCUCACAAGCUAGGAGCAAGUACAUCAGUACUAAGGAAGAAAUUUGUCGCUGGCCGUCGUUCAGUUGCUGAAGUGUUAGUACGCAAAAUACCUGAUGACCAACACAACAUAGAAGUGCGUGUGGCUGUUUUAGGUGGUGCUGACGCGGGAAAAUCAACUUUACUAGGUGUUUUAACGCAAGGAGAGUUUGAUAAUGGACGAGGGCGUGCUCGCUUAAAUAUGUUCAGACAUAUGCAUGAAAUACAGUCAGGCAGAACAUCAUGUAUUUCACACGAAACACUCGGUUUCGAUGCCCAGGGGAAUAUUAUUAAUUAUAAAUAUAAUGAAAUGAUGACAGCUGAAGAAAUCAGUGAUCGAUCAACUAAACUUGUUACUUUUAUGGAUCUUGCUGGCCAUCGACGUUAUAUUCGCACAACAGUGCAGGCUUUGUCUGGGUACUCACCACAUUAUGCAAUGCUUGUUGUAUCGGCUGGAAGUGGCUUUAACAGCACAAGUAAGGAACAUCUUUCUAUUGCGAGGGCGUUAGAUAUGCCUUUCUUCAUUGUUAUCACAAAAACCGAUAUAACAUCACCGGAUCAAACAAUUCAAGAUUUAAAAAAUUUGCUUACAUCUAUUGGUUGUCGUAAAGUGCCAUUUGUAAUAACAAAUGCUGAUGAAGUGAUUUCAGCUGGGUCUAAUCAAGUAUCUGGUUCAAAUAUUGUGCCAAUAUUUUGUGUAUCGAAUGUUACUGGCGCCGGUCUAAAUCUGGUGACAAAGUUUUUGUAUGUACUAUCACCAGGUAUUUCUAACGCUGAAAAAGAACGUUUAGAGCAAGAGCCAUGUGAAUUUCAUAUUGAUGAAAUAUUUCGGGUUUCUGAAGUCGGUACAGUUGUAGGUGGCUUACUUGUGAAAGGUGUACUAACAGAAAAUAUGCCCAUGAAAAUAGGACCAUUACCAGAUGGUUAUUUUCACUCUGUCACUGUACACACAAUUCAUAGGAAUAAAGCACCAUGUAGAGUAGUACGCGCUGGGCAAAGUGCAUCGCUAUCGUUUACUCCAAACCAAACAUUGCCACAGAUAAGAAGUGGUAUGGUGCUUUUAACCGAUUCCGGUAAUCCCGAGGUUGAACCACGUGGUACAAUAUUCUUCCAGGCUAAGGUGUCAGUUUUAUUUCAUGCUACAGCAAUAUUUGUUGGUUUCCAGACUACCGUACAUAUUGGUAGCAUAAGGCAAACUGCAGUUAUACGUGGUAUUAUGGGUUGUGGAAAAAUUGGUACAAACGAUAAGGCAUCAGUGUUAUUCCAGUUUGUCGGGCAUCCAGAGUAUGUGCGACCAGGUAUGCGUAUAUUGUUUCGUGAGGGCACAAGCAAAGGAAUUGGAUUCGUUACACAAGUAUUUCCUCUCAUUGAUCCAGUAACUUGAAGUUAAUGUCGUACCUAAAUAGAAAUUUAUCUAGAGUUUUGAUGUACAGUUCAUACUAUGCUAUAGACUAUUUAUGUUUUUCAAAAUUAACUUACAAAUUCCUGAAUUUAAUGGGAAAUUGUAUAAUUAAUGAAUACACAAACCGUUGAUAAUAUAUAUAUAUAUAUA